CGUUUGCUCGGAACCAAAGCACAGUGUGAAAACUCAAAAACAUUAUUGGAGUACAUGUGGGAAGCGAUCCUCGAUAGCCAGCUCCAAUGGCGGCUCUCUACCUUCUCCUUGCUCUCUUGAGCUUGCUCUGCCACUCUUUGGUAGUUCAGCAUUCCUCUGCAACGGAAGAGAAGGUGACGGCCCUGCCGGGACUCGAUGGCGAACUCCCGUUCGAAAUGUACACCGGGUACAUAACCGUAAACCAGACCACGGAUAACAACUUGUUCUACUACUUCGUCAAGUCGGAAAGUAAGCCGGAGGAAGACCCACUCAUCCUGUGGCUGACCGGCGGCCCCGCCUGCUCCGGCUUUACUUCCCUUGCAUAUGAGAUAGGGCCUCUCCGUUUCGAGUGGAAGGAGUAUAAUGGAACGUUGCCAGGUUUAUAUUAUAGUCCCUUUCGGUUGACCAAGAAUGCAAGCGUUAUUUUUCUUGAUUCGCCCAGUGGGACUGGUUUUUCUUACUCCUCCGUCUCACUUACGGAAUACAAGACAGGAGACUACAAGACAGUGCGGGAAGCCUAUAUUUUUCUGAUGAAGUGGUUUGAGAACCAUCAAGAAUUCCUUUCCAAUCCAUUUUUUAUUGCUGGAGAUUCAUAUGGUGGCGUUUUCGUUCCAUUGUUGGCAACUCGAGUUGCAGAUGGAAUUGACAAUGGAACUGAACCUGUUCUUAAUCUCAAGGGUUAUUUCGUGGGAAACCCGGUAACUGAUAAAAUAUAUGAUGCAACCCAAGUUCCAUUUUACCAUGCAAUGUCCUUCAUAGAUGAAGGAUUAUACAAGGCUGCAGAGGAGAGUUGCAGAGGAAGAUAUGAUAUUUAUGCAACUGAAGAAUGUGAGGCACAUAUUGAUGAAGUUGAAGAAAUGGUUUCAGACAUCAACAAGUCACAGGUGCUCGAGUUUGAUUGUGGUGACACUUGGGCACCCAGGCCACCACUAAGUUCAGCACGUAGGCGUUCCCUUCGUGAAAGUCAGGCCCACAUUGACUCUGCAACAACCAUCCCUCCCAUAGCUUGCAGGGGAUAUGGCUAUUACCUUGGCUACCUUUGGUUGAACAGUGAGAUUGUUAGGGACGCACUUCACAUUCGAAAGGAUACAGUAGGAGAAUGGGUGAGGUGCAACGCUGCAGUUAAUUAUACAAAAGAAGUGACCAGCACCAUCUUGUAUCAUCGCAAUCUCACAACCAGAGGCUACCCAGCGCUUAUUUACAGUGGUGACCAUGAUAGUUUGAUUCCCACGGCUGGAACACAUGGUUGGAUAAAAACACUCAAUUAUUCUGUUGUCGACCCUUGGCGGCCUUGGUUCUUUUAUAGCCAAGUUGCAGGAUUUACCGUGAAAUACGAAAACAACCUUACAUUUGCCACUGUCAAGGCCGCUGGACACACGACCCCCGAGUACAAACCAAGGGAGUCCAUUUCCAUGUUCCUCCAUUGGGUACACAAACAACCUUUCUAGCUUCUCUACCCAAAGUCCACGAGACAUGGGCCUUCUACUUCUCUGCUCCUUUGCUGCACCUGGCUUUUGCCUGUUGCAGGCAGGUUUUUGUAUUCAUUAGUAAUGGCUGCUUUGUCUGCGUCCGACAAAUGGACUCAUUACCCCGUUUGAGAGCGCGCGUGCAGUCUGGACGAGAAAUAUCUUUUUAGCUGCCAAUCCCUGCUAGCUUCCACCAAUGUGUUUUAUCUCAUGAAAAUAAGCGCAAAGCAAGCAAUUAAGUGUAGCUAUAUGGGUGUUGAUUAAUUUGAUGAACUCAGUCUAUCCAA